AUGCCGAUCAAUGUAAAAAUUUCCCUGUGCAAAAUCACUCGCGCCAGUAAGCUCUUUCAGCGAAACUAUUACCUUCCUCUAUUGAAGCCGUUGUCGCCUAAAGAUGCUUUACGAAGAAAAAUUAUUACCGGCGAAAACGUUUUGGGAAGUAGAAUCGAACAUUACAUUCCGGUGCUGAAGCCCCAUGAUGAGAAAUUGGCUGAGAAGAAAAAGCGGGGCAAAGGCGUACCAGUUAUUAAAAAGAAAAUCAAACGAAAUGAAAACUACCGUUAUGUGGAACCCUUCUUGGACGAGAACAUGGAUGGACAUCCGGCGCUUCAAAACAUUCUUGCCCGGAAACCUAAAGGUCGUGGACAGCAUUAUGUGUAUGAAAUUAUCGAUAAGGGAUGCAUACUCGUUAUCAACUAUCAAAUGGAAAAAGCCAUCAAAGACAAAGACAUAAUUGAUAUAACAAUAGCACAGCGCAGUGAGAAAAUUGUCGUCAAGUUAGCCAACGGCCUCAAAGUUACUGUUCCUAUUGCUCCACUUAACGACCAUGUAACACUCUACCGUGGCUCCGGCUGGACGAAGGAAGUAACUGAGAAAGAGCAUCAUCAUGGAAAAGAAACAUUUUCUAUAGCCAAAUUGUUUGAAGCUAAAGAAUCAGGUGUUGAAGAAUGGGAACUAGAAAUGAUGCGUUUGGCAAACAAACGCAAGAAGAAAGUCAAGGGUGAAGACAAUCUAGACUGGAAAGCUAUGAUGAAUGGAUGUUUAGAAAAUAUGGACUGGGACAAAUUCGAAGAAGACACUAAACAAAUUGUGGAAGAACAAGAGGAAACUGUCGAAGAAGAAGAUAUUCCAAUGGAGGUCGAUGACAUGGAGAAAACUAAACAUGUAAACGAAAAAUUGAAAGCAGGAGGACAAGAAGUAUUGGAGCAAUUACCUACUAUGCUGGAAGUACCUAAGGUUAUUAAAAAUUUAGAAUCUGGGGAAAUGGAUGAAAUGCUGAAUGUGUCUGGGGCCAGAGUCCAAAUACCCGAGGGACGAUCUUGUUUUGUUCCUGGACAGCUCGUGAAAACUGACGAAGAAGAAAUAUUUGUUCCCGGACAAACAGUGGAAGACGAAGAUGGCAAUUCCGAAUAUACUCCAGGUAUAACGGUGCUUAUGGACGGCGAGCCAACCCUUAUUCCUGGCCUUGUUAUGGGAGAAGAGGAAAGUCAGCCCAUGUUUUUGCCAGGGGAGUCCACAAUUACAGGUGAAGGUCAGCUAAAGUUCGAGGCCACUGAGGAGGACCUCCCACCAGCUAGACGUCGUAGAGAGUUAACACCCAGUCCCCCUCCAGCUCCGAAACCAAAGCCGCGCGUUAUUAGGGAUGAAGAUAUUGUCAUAAAGCGUCGUACAUUCGAAGAACCAGAACCAGUUAAAGAACGAGUGAAGAAACGUCCUCAAUUUGAAAUGAAGCCCAAAGAACCAUCUCCACCUAGGGACGCAUUCAGGCCUCAAAGGCAACCUGUUGAUGAUCCAUUAAUAUAUCUGGAAGAGCAACGGAGACUGAGAGAAGAAGAAGAAAAGAAGCGAAUGAAAGAACGAAUGGAAGAAAAAAUACUGAAAGAGGAGUCAAAAGUAAUGAAACUUCGCAUGGACAUUCGAAAGAAAUGCAAAGAUUUUAAGAUAGAAAAGCCUCCUAAAUACGAACCCGUUCAACCAGUUAAGAAAAGUGCCAAACUAGAAGAAUUGGAACUUAGCAUUAAGAAGGGAACAUUCUUUGAUGAUGACAAGACCAAAGAGAUUUUAGAGAAAGCCAAAAGCCAAACUAGAAUGUUGAAGUACCAGAAGGUUUUAAAUUCAUAUGCCAGCGAGUUUCAGUUUGGCAGAAGGCAUUAAACCAAUAUUUUUGUUCUUGUUCCGUAUGCUAGGAAUAUCGUUCUUUAUGUUGCAUUCUU